UACGCUCCCCGGUGGCGUCCAGGGUGCUCAUUUAUAAAGCUUGCUUACGCACAAAAAGCGGCGUAAGUGACUUUCUACGGAAAGUUUCUGAUUUAUAAAAACUAACGUGGCGGGAAAAUGUGCGUACCGGUACGUAAACUCUGAAACUUGCUUACGAACAUUUUGGAGACGGGAAACUGGCGGUGCUGCUGGUGAGGUGAUGAACUUCACCUUCAUUCAUGCAUGCCAUCAUGCCAUCAUAUCCGACACUAGUGCCAUAGAAUCAUAAACACAGAAGCCUGAAAUAUAGAUGCGUUCCUGAAAUCAUACCUGUAGCCGACUUAUAGGCACCCCAUAGGAAUUUAAUGUUGUCAGUGCAGUAUGGUCUUACUUGUUUUGAUCGUAAAGCAAAUGCACUCAUUUGUUCACAGAAGCCUAAUUGUGACAAGGUGUGUAGUAAUGAGUGUAAUUACUGAGUAAACAUAAAUAGGUGAAUUACGACCGUGCGUAAUGCAGAACUUCACAAUGGAUGCGCUGGCACUCCUUGAAGAUUACGCAAACGGCAGGAUCAGGAUGGAGAGAGUUUUUAGAGACCAUCAAGAUUUCCUGGCCAACGAUGAUGACUGGCUGAUAUGCCGAUUUAGAUUUCCUAGAGCAGUGCUCUUAAAUCUAUGUGCUGAGUUGGGCCCAGUGUUGGAGCGAUCAACCCGCCGGAACCAUGCCAUACCCGCGCAUAUGCAGGUGCUGACAACUCUCGGGAUUCUGGCAACCGGCUCUUUCCAGCGGGAAUUAGCCGACAGGUCUGGAAUAUCUCAGCCAUCGCUGAGUAAUGUAAUGCCUGCCGUUUUGGAUGGCAUUAUAAAAAUGAGCAGUCGAUACAUAAAGUUUCCAUACACUGUAGGGGAACAGGCCAACAUUAAAAGGCAAUUUGCAGCAUCAACAGGUUUCCCAAAUGUAAUCGGCGCGAUUGACUGCACUCACGUUGCUAUAAGGGCUCCAAGUCAGAAUGAGUUUGUCUACGUUAACCGAAAAAAUGUGCAUUCAGUUAACGUGCAAGUCAUUUCCGACUCAAACUUGCUUCUGACAAAUUUAGUGGCACGGUGGCCUGGGUCAACCCAUGAUUCAUUCAUCCUGGCACACAGCAGUGUAGGGAAUAGACUGCAGGCAGGUGCUUCGCGGGAUGGGUGGCUUCUCGGUGACAGUGGCUAUCCCCUGAGACGCUGGCUCCUCACGCCUUUUGCGAACCCGCAAAGCGCAGAGGAGGCGCGCUUCAAUUCCGUCCACGUUCGUGCGCGCUCUGUUGUGGAGCGAGCCAUCGGCCUCCUUAAAAACCGGUGGCGGUGUCUUGAUGCGUCGGGGGGGGAGACUUCUCUACCAGCCCAAUAAGGUGUGCAGGAUCAUCAUGUCGUGUGGUGUCCUGCACAACGUGGCACUGAGGAAUGGUGUUCCCCUCCCACCUGGCCUCCCUCCCAUUCACCAUGAGGAUCCUGACGCACAGCCCCCUCCCCGGCAUGAAGACCACCAACGGGGAGCCAGGCUACGUCAGCAAGUCAUGCAGCGUUUGUGAAAGGAAUACACGUCGAUGGUGUCCCUUUGUGUUUGGAGGACCGCAUCUGUCAGCACGCGGCCACCUCCAGCUGUGCCGUGCGCCCGGGGCGCACUCGUGGUGGGUCUGACCAUCUCCUCUGUGGAUGUACCGGGGAUCUCCUCACCCACUGCCUCCAUCUGUAGAGUGACUGGAGAUAAAAAAAAAAUGUUAUUCGCUGCUUUUUACAUGGCUGUUAAAUUAAAUAAACAA